ACGCCCGCGUUUCAAGGCAAAACAUUCAGAACCGCUGAUGCUCUCUGUUCUUACUUCUUUACCUCCUACUACCACCAAACUGAAGGAUUAAAGACAUAAUAAAGCACAGCCUAGUUGGUAAAGGUUUACUCCCAUUGGGUUCGGGUGAGUCUCGGGUUCGAGUUGUGCUAACGACGCUGUUCUUUCUGGGCAGCUCAGCUUUGGCCCGCUAGCUCUUGGUGGGGUGAUAAUUGUUAUGGCUCUUUGGGUCCUCCCGGGAUGUGCCGCUGGUCUGGAGUUUCAACGGUUAAGCCCAGCGAUAGGUUGCUAUGCCCGUUCGCCCCGUCCUCCGCCCUUUUUGCUUAGCAAAAGAAAGAAAGACAUAAUAAAGCUAUACAGGCGCCCUCCAAUCGCUUCCAAAAUGGAGAUUGGGGUGGCGGUGUUGUUGUUGAAGGAGGAGGAAGAGGGUCGGUGGGGGAAAGUGCUUUUGGGGCGGCGAUUCACCUCAAUCUGCUACAACACUUUUGGCCUCCCCGCCGGCCACCUCGAGUUCGGGGAGAGCUUUGAGGAAUGUGCAGCCAGAGAGGUGAAGGAGGAGACUGGUUUAGACAUUGAGAAGAUAGAGUUCGUGACGGUCACUAACAACUUCUACACCGAACAAGCAAAACUACCUGUACAUCUUGUUUGCAUCUUUAUGCGUGCAGUAUUGGCAGAUCCUCAUCAAGUGGCCCAAAAUCUUGAGCCCAAGAAAUGUGGUGGCUGGGAUUGGUAUGACUGGAACAGCCUCCCAGAACCAAUGUUUGGACCACUAGAAACUAUGAUUCAGGGUGGUUUUAAUCCUUUCCCAGCUGAUCAUAAAUAACAUUGGACGUUGAGAUAUCCUACUGCUAGCAGAUUUUCUAUGUACUUAAGUUUUUAUCUGUGGUGUUAUUGGAGCCCGCUGGAGUACUGAACUAGUCUAAUUAGAGAUGGAUGUUUUGUGAUUUUCUUGGAUUUGACCAUUUGGAAAUUUGUAAUGUGUGGAAGAAACCAAUCAAUUUUAGCUGUGUGAAAUUAGCUUAUGAUGGUGAUGAUCACAAUAUGUGCAUAUUUGGCUUAUUCCCAGCAAUGCACGUUGCUAAUGGAGCUUAUGAGCAGUUGCAAUAUUAA